AUGGCCACCGUAAAGUUUGCUGUUGUCGAUGUUGGUGAUUUUUUAGCGAAGAAACAGGCUACCGAGCCAGAUUUAGCAGCGGAUUGGGCUAAUUUGGAAGAACUUUACAAUAAAAAAUUAUGGCAUCAACUAACGCUAAAACUGCAGGAUUUUGUAAAACACCCAGCGCUCCAAGCCAACGACAACUUAAUUCAGCUGUAUAAUAACUUUCUGUGCACUUUUGAGAACAAAAUUAACCCUCUUUCCCUGGUGGAAAUCUUAGUGCACACUAUACCUCAAUACAGCAACAAAAAGGAUGCCAUCAGCUUCCUCGAGAAACUGGAAACCAAAGUCAAGGCAAAUGAUGAGGCACUGGCACUUUGCAAGGUCCUGCAGGGGCAGAUCUACCUGGAGCAGCUGAACGACCUGGACGCCGCGGAGAAGAUCAUCUCGGAGCUGGAGGGCAGCCUGGAGGACGCGGACGGCGUGACGCCGGUGCACGGGCGCUUCUACAAGCUGGCGGCCGAGUACUACCGCGUGCGCGGGCCCAUGGCCAAGUACUACCGCGCCGCGCUGCGCCACCUGGGCUGCGCCGACGGCGGCGCGGCGCUGCCGGCGGCCGAGCGGCGCGCGCUGGCGCUGCGCCUGGCGCUGGCCGGCGUCAUCGCGCCCAGCGUGUACGACCUGGGCGAGCUGCUGGCGCACCCGGUGCUGGAGGCGCUGCGCGGCUCGGCCGACGCCUGGGCGCACGAGCUGGUGCGCGCCGUGGCCGCGGGCGACGCCGCCGCCUUCGAGCGCGUGCGCGGCCGCGCGCCGCACCCCGAGCUGCAGCGCGCCGAGCGCCAGCUGCGCCAGAAGGUGGCGCUGCUGAGCCUCAUGGAGAUGGCCUUCGCGCGCGCGGCGGCGCAGCGGCGCCUGGCCUUCGCCGACAUCGCGCGCGCGGCGCGCGUGCCGCCCGACGAGGUGGAGCUGCUGGUCAUGAAGGCGCUGGCCGAGAAGCUCAUCCGCGGCCACAUCGACCAGGUCAGCGGCACCGUGGCCGUGGCCUGGGUGCGGCCGCGCGCGCUGGGCCGCCCCGGCGCCGCGGCGCUGGCCGGCCGCCUGGACGCCUGGUGCCGCGCCGUGGACGCCGCGCACCGCCUGCUGCGGCGCCGGGCGCCCGACCUGCUCACGCUCUGAGACCCUCAAACGCUAAUUGAAGCGAAGAUUAAAUUACAUACAAAACUAUUCCCUAAUGUAUUUACAAUAAAAAUUUAAACCUGCGUCUUUGCUUUCGUCACUUUCCAUAUGGUCUAAUAUAUGUGUCGCAUGAAAUUAAAGAACCCGAGGAACACUGACCGCUUCUUAGCCGGUAUGAACCGCAAACAAUUUUCAGAAUUGUCAUAACCUCUCGAUCCACAUAAGCACUUGACAUGCAACAUCAGUGGCACAAGGAAUUUUCGGGAUUUUGCCAUGCAAACUCGUUGUUUUUUCCCCCCGCUAAGAAAAAUGCAAUGGGUUUAAAAGCUAUAUAGGCAAGCCGUAGCAAAUUUUUCUUUUGGUACUUCUAAAUAGAUGGGCUAACGCCAAAUUUUAAGUCCAUUAUGUAUAUCUUUUUAUG